CAAUUGCUUCAUUCAUUCAUUCGUUUCGUUGCCGUUGCCGUUGCCGUUGUUGUGUGUGAUCUGACAUUGUAGACCUAAUAUACCAGCUGGUUAUAAUUCAUUGUUUAUUACCUUGGCAAUUAUUAUAAAGUGUUACAUUUUUUGAAUUUUCCAAAUAUAUUUUAAUUGUGAUUGAUAUUUUGUUCAGUGCGUCUUUUAAUUUUUUUUUUUGUUUUUGUUUUGCUCACAUUGUGAAGGAGUGUAAAAUUUUGAUAGAGUUAUGUCGGUGUUUAGCAGCGUUGAACAGGGUCUUCCCAUUGAAGUAUUCGCUUUGAAUCGUGCCUUCCAAGAGGACAAACAUCCAAAUAAAGCCAAUUUGGGUGUUGGCGCUUACCGUACGAACGAGGGCAAACCGUGGGUACUUCCGGUUGUGCGCAAGACGGAAAUUAAAGUGGCGAGCGACGAAAAUCUUAAUCAUGAAUAUUUGCCUGUAUUGGGCAUUGAAGCGUUUACCCAAGCUGCAUCUGCUCUAUUGCUGGGUGAGAAUUCUCCGGCUGUGAAAGAAAAUCGGGCUUUCGGCAUUCAGACGUUGUCCGGCACAGGAGCUUUACGUAUUGGUGCUGUUUUUUUAAAUGGAAUUUUAAAACGAGACGUUUUCUAUUAUUCUAACCCGACUUGGGAGAAUCAUCACAAAGUUUUCAUGGAUGCUGGCUUCAAAAGUGCAAAAACCUAUCGCUAUUGGGAUGCGAAUAAGCGAAACUUUGAUUUAGAAGGCAUGUUAGAAGAUUUAAAUAAUGCUCCCGCAGGAGCAGUUAUUAUAUUGCAUGUUUGCGCUCAUAAUCCGACUGGUAUGGAUCCUACACAAGAACAAUGGAAACGUAUAGCCGAAGUGAUGGAAAGGAAAAAAUUGUUUGCGUUCUUUGAUUCUGCUUAUCAAGGUUUCGCCAGCGGUGAUCCAGAUCAUGAUGCUUGGGCUGUGCGUUAUUUCGUAGAACGUGGUUUUGAACUAUUUUGCGCCCAAUCGUUUGCUAAAAACUUUGGUUUAUAUUGCGAACGCGUUGGCAACUUAACGAUUGUGCAAAAUAAUUCGCAAACAAAAGAUGCCGUAGUCUCGCAAUUUACAUGGCUUAUACGUGGCAUGUAUUCUAAUCCGCCCGCUUUCGGCAGCCGCAUUGUAUCAACUGUAUUAAAUGAUGCAAUCUUGAGAAAGGAGUGGAUGGAUUGCAUUAAAACUAUGUCCAGUAGGAUUCUUAAAAUGCGCCAAGCAUUAAGAAAACGUUUAGAAGAAUUGAAAACUCCAGGAAGCUGGGAGCAUAUAACUAAACAGAUUGGUAUGUUUUCUUAUACGGGUCUUAACGAAAAACAAGUGCGUAUCCUAAUUGAUGAUUUUCACAUCUAUUUGCUUAAGACUGGUCGGAUUAACAUGUGCGGUGUCAAUGAAAGUAACGUGAAUUAUAUCGCUGAGUCCAUCAACGCAGCUAUUAGGCGUUCGGAUGCUUAAUAUCUAUCAUAUUUCUAUUUAUUUAAAGCAUUUCUUUUCUUUCGAAAUUCUUUAAUUUUUUUCUAAAUUAUUGUAAUGCUUUUCAUCGGGGAUAAAAAAAUUUUUUAAGACCAAGCAUUUUGAUAAACAUAGUUAUAACGCCAAUGAUGCUUUAAGAUCCAAAAUUAAAAAACACAUCAAAAUGGAGACUUAAUGGGGAUUUAGUAGAGUCUGAUAAAAGUCGUCUAUACUUUAAUUUAGACUAUAUAUCUAUAUAUAUAUAUAUAUAUAUGA